AUGACCGACGCCUCCUCCGUAGAGAAGCAUGGCGCGCAUGCCACCGCCGGCCCCGCCGCCGACGACGAGAUGGAGCUCGCGCGCAUGGGGUACAAGCAGGAACUCAAGCGAGACUUGUCGUUGAUGCAGAACUUUGGUGUCUCAUUCUCGAUCAUCAGUGUCAUCACCGGCAUCCCGUCCCUAUUCCUUUUUGGCCUGAACACUGGAGGCCCGGCGGUUAUGGUCUGGGGAUGGAUCGUGGUCGCUUUCUUCACCACGCUGGUCGGCCUUGCAAUGGCAGAAGUAUGCUCCGCACAUCCCACCAGCGGUGGCCCGUAUUUCUGGGCCGCCAUGCUUUCCAAGUCGGAGAACGCCGCGUUUGCGUCCUGGGUAACCGGCUGGUUCAACCUGCUCGGUCAGGUCGCGGUCACGACCGGCAUCAGUUUUGGUUGCGCGAACUUCAUCUCGACUCUCGCCACCUUCGACACCGGCUUUGUCCCCACCGCGAACACGACGAUCGGCAUCUAUGCCGCCGUGCUCGUCACGCAGGGUCUCAUCAACACCUUCGGCGUGCACCUCCUCAAGUAUAUAAACAACGUCUCGGUUUGGUGGCAUGCCGUCGGUACCACCGCGGUCGUCAUCGCCUGCCUUGCCGCCGCGCCCGAACACCAGAGUGCGGAGUGGGUUUUCACGCAGUUUAUCGACAACACCGGGCUUGAUGGCGACGGGUGGGGGACCCGUGCGAGCCAUGCCUACGUUGUGGUCAUUGGUGUUCUCAUGGCUCAGUACACCUUGACUGGGUUCGACGCCAGCGCACAUAUGACCGAGGAGACGCAUAAUGCUGCGCUCAUGGGCCCCAUUGGGAUCGUUAUGGCCAUCGGAGUUUCUGCCGUGCUCGGCUGGUUCCUCAUCCUCGGCCUUCUCUUCUCCAUCCAGAACCUCGACGGCACCGUCAACUCUGAAACGACACAACCUGUCGCGCAAAUCUUCCUUGACACCGUUGGUAGCAAGGGAGCGAUUGUUCUCAUGGUGAUCGUCAUCGGCGCGAUGUUCUUCUGCGGCACGUUCUCGAUUACCUCAAACUCGCGGAUGAUGUACGCCUUCGCGCGCGACGGCGGCAUCCCGGGCGCCAAGUUCUUCCACAAGGUCGACACGAAGCGCAAGUCGCCCGUCCGGACCGUCUGGCUGGCGUGCACGCUGAGCUUCAUCCUCGGCCUGCCCAGUCUCGGCAGCACCGUCGCCUUCUCGGCCGCGACGUCCAUCGCGACCCUCGGGCUGUACAUCUCGUACGGCAUCCCGAUCGCGCUCCGCGUCGUGUACCGGGACCGCUUCGUGCGCGGGCCCUUCCACCUCGGCCGGUUCUCGUACCCGGUCGCGAUCGUCGCCUGCGUCUGGAUCCUCUUCAUCUCCGUCGCCUUCAUCCUCCCCCAGGCGAACCCGGUCACGGACCAGACGCUCAACUACUCGAUCGUCGCCGUCGGGAUCAUCCUCGUCUACGCCCUCGGCUUCUGGCUGCUCUCCGCGCGCAAGUGGUUCACCGGCCCAGUGAAGCAGAUCGCCGCGGAGGGGAUGGGCAUCGACGUUAUGGACCCCGCGAACGCGGCGCGGCUCGAGGAGGAGGCGGAGGGGGAGAAGGCGCGGUAG